AUGACGGGGGAUACUGUUCGCAUCGUCGAAGUCGGUCCGCGAGAUGGCCUACAAAACAUCAAAGAUGUAGUACCCACUGCGACAAAGAUCGAGCUGAUCAACAGACUCGCUCAGACCGGCUUGCGGACUAUCGAAGCUACGUCGUUCGUGUCACCAAAAUGGGUUCCUCAAUUAUCAGAUGCAAAGACUGUGAUGGAGAGCAUGAAACUGUCCGUUGCCAAGGGCGACAUAUCAUUCCCUGUGCUGAUACCAAAUCUGAAAGGCCUGGGAGCAGCAUUGGCGCUCGAUGUUCAGGAAAUUGGUAUCUUUCUCUCGGCCACAGAAGGUUUCAGCCGCAACAACAUCAACUGCAGUGUGGAGGAAUCGCUUGAGAGAGCACGAGCCGUUGUUGAUCGAGCCCGGGAACAGAACGUCCGCGUCAGAGGAUACUUGUCUUGCGUGAUUGACUGUCCAUACGACGGUAGAACGUCGCCUUUGGUAGUGCUCAGAAUGGCAAAGAAAAUGCUGGAGAUGGGUUGCUUCGAGAUCAGUCUGGGAGACACAACAGGAACAGCAACACCAACAGACAUCCGUCGACUACUGGAGACCUUAUUGAGAGAGAUACCAGCCGCCAAGCUCGCCGGUCAUUUCCAUGACUCUUUCGGCCAAGCGAUUGUCAACGUCAAGGAAGCAUACCGAAUGGGCAUAAGAGCAUUCGAUAGCAGUGUGGGUGGUCUAGGAGGUUGUCCAUACAGUCCUGGAGCCAAAGGAAAUGUCGCGACGGAGGAUGUUGUGUGGCUCUUCGAGAACAUGGGUGUUAACACCGGAGUGGAAUUGACCAAGCUUGCCCAUAUUGGAGACUGGAUAACCCAACAGCUUGGUGUCUCAAAUGGCAGCCAGAUCAGUUCUGCUCUGGUCGCGAACAGCAAGCGAGCUGCCGAAGCCAGAGACACUCAUAAACAACCAUCUGCCAUCUCGUCAGAAUGGCAACACCUCUCGCAUAUGAUAUGCUGA